CAGAGACAUAAGGAGAAGGAUGGGUGAGGGAUUGAGGAGAUGAACAGAGGAACACAUCUGUUAAAGAGAAGAAGAGAACAAGCACGACGACGAGUGGAGAAGAGGACAAACAGUGGUGUUGGCAUCAAUUCUCCAAUCCUUCAACACCACAGAUGCCGCUGUCAGAUUCAGUAAAGAUGGCAUCACAUCUGGACUGAGAGGCAUUAUCAUUAAAUCCUGAUCAUUUUCAAGUGUUUUCAGCAGAUGAUGCAUGCGCUCUCAGUAUGACGACAGUGUUUUGCACAGCGGUUGUCAUCUGGAUAUGUGGACAGACAGUAAAGGUUUAUGGAGAAGCUAGUAAAGACGAACCAGCAGCCAGUUUGGCCAGCACAUUGAUGUCUACUUUACCCACUGUCAUACCCACAGAAGAUGAGAGCAGUAAACUCGUGGAAUGGCUCACAAAAUUUGGAUACCUACCACCCCCUGAUCCCUCGACAGGUCAGUUACAGGCCUGGACAGCGGUCACUGAAGCAGUGAAGAAGAUGCAGAAGUUUGCUGGUUUGGAUGACACAGGUGUCUUAGAUGAAGGGACCCUAAGGUUGAUCCAAACCCCUCGAUGUUCACUCCCAGAUGAUGAUGAUGAUGACCAAACCCUAGAUGAUGACGCACAAAGUCAAAGGAUGAAACGGGCCGUGUCUACCUGGACGAGACGCAAUAUAAACUGGAGGCUGCGCUCUUACCCAGAAACCUCGAAAUUAUCUCGUGAAACGAUUCGAUCGCUGGUCUACUAUGCUCUCAGAGUUUGGGCCGAUCCAACAUCGCUUGACUUCCAUGAGGUGCGAGGACCGGAAGGGGCCGACCUCCAAAUCGAUUUCAUGUACGGUCCACACGGAGACGGAUAUCCCUUCGAUGGGGCAGGUGGAUCUGUCGGCCACGCCUUCUUUCCAUCAGACCCAGACAGGGCAGGUGGAGUUCACCUGGAUGCAGAAGAGAAAUGGACCUUCAGACAACCAGUAACGGAGGGGACCGAUCUCUUUACGGUGUUAGUGCACGAGCUCGGUCACGCUCUCGGACUGACCCAUUCAUCCGCACGGCGAUCUGUGAUGCGUCCAUACUACCAGGGUCCGUUGGGAGACCCCUUACACUUCAGACUGGACCAUCAUGACCUUCGACAUAUAACUGCCCUUUACGGUAAGAGGGGUAACCGUAUUCCAACCGACAGACCUCUUCUUGUAACUGAACCACAACUGCGACACGGACACAGAGACGUACACAGACUCACACACGUGUACCGCGGCCAUUCCGACAGGAGUCUUGUGGAUCGCUGUAACACCAGUUUUGAUGCAGUCGCCAGGAUUCGAGGAGAGAUCUUUUUUUUUAAAGGUGAGUACAUGUGGCGAGUGAGCCGAGAUGGUUUGGUUUCGAUCAGGGCCGUUUCUGUCCGGAGACUCUGGUCUGCUCUUCCAUCAUCGCUGUCUCCACUGCGAGCCGUUCUGGAGAGACGGACGGAUCACGCCAUCAUCUUUAUUAGCGGAUCCCAAAUGUGGCUGUUCAGAGAUCUGUCGCUUCAGGAAGGCUUUCCACGGCCUCUGUCCGCAGAAGAUCUGAAAGGAGAUGGCAGACUGCACUGGGACCCUUCGCAUGGUGUGAUGUGGGGGUCUGUGAAAGAGAAGGGGGGAUACCUGGAGGAAAGUCAAGUCUGGAGGGAACUCAUUAAAGGAGGAGUGAAUGGAAUAAUCACGGAAAAUGAGGAUGGAAAGGUUAAAGGUUCAGUCUAUGUUUUCAAAGGCAAUUCCUAUUGGAAGUUUACUCAGCCAGGCUUCACCCCUGAAGAGGGAUACCCCCGGCCUCUGGCCACCGAUUGGUUGGACUGCCCUCAGCCUUCCUCUUAUAACCCCGGUGACAUCUCAUUGAUCUCUCACUUUGGUCGUCAGGAGCUUCGGGAGCAGAAAGAUGAAACCAAAAGAGAUGAAGAGCAUCGUUUGGACUGCUCGUGUCUCAACACUGCAGUGACUCCUACUGGACUUCAUCUGUUACUGCUGUCUUUUUUAUUUCUCUUCAUUAUAGCUCUGUAGUUCAUGCACUUACACACAAGGACUUGGCUUUCGAUCUCUGGACAAAGCAAGACAUAUCUUUGAGUUACCAGGUUGACUUUAUAAGUGAUGACCUGUAAAUAUCAGCCAGUUUAUUCAAUUGAAUAAAUACAUCUGUAAUGGACAUUUCCAUAAAAAACCUGUUUGACUUUAGUUAUGUUCAGUUUUUAAUACGUUUGGGAAAUGGAUGUGUCCCUGUCCCAUAUUCACAAAUGAAAAUUCAUUGAUCAAAAGGUUUGUGAUGCAAGAGGUUAAAUAAGUUAUCCUGUGGGGUUUUCCUUCUCUAGUAUAACACAAACAAAACCAAAUGUUAAUCAUUUACAGUGAUUUUUAUUUUCCAAAUGAAGCUCAUGUGGGAGUCAAUAACUAAUGUAAAUAUUGUGUCUUGAUUAUAAGUCUAAUAUCAUAUGUUUUGAUAACAGUGAUGAGUUAAAAUGAUCCGUUGGGUUGAUAAUCUAAUUCAAUUUAUGUUUAAUUAUAUCAUGAACAGAGACACAGUGUUUCUUCUACAGUUGUCAAAAUAUGAUUUUGUGGGGAAUUGUAGUCCUGCAGAUGCCAUCCAGUGAAUCUAUAAAUCUGUCAAAACUCCUCAGAACAUCUAAUAAAUGUAAAUAGACGUCAUGUCAAUUGUGUUUUUAUAUUUGAUGGAUGUUGCCCAUACAGCAAAAAAAAAAUAUUUGGCAAAAAAUAUGAUUUGAUUUAAUUUUAACCUUCAUAUAUUAACAUAUCAAAAUGUAUUUCAGGGGCAACAGUUUCAUUUCUAAUUUUAAAACCUAUUUGAUGCAUCAAAAAUAUGUAUUUUUCCAGGCCAAAAUAUAAUAAGAUUA